AUGGGCAACAUUUGCUCGAUUUCACUCUCCGCCGACCGCAUUGUCUCUAGCUUCUGGGAUGGCACUACUGAGCAUGCAAAUUACCUGCGCAAACUCCCUGAAAAUCUGGUAGAAUUGGGAACUGCUUGGGAAAGAUUGAAGGAGUUAAGGAACGAUGUGAAGAGGAAGGUGGAUAUUGCCGAGAGGGAACAAAUGCAGCCGCUGGACCAAGUACAAGGGUGGCUUUCAAGGGUUGAAACUCUGGAAACUCAAGUCACUCAACUGCUUGGAGAUGGCACUGACGAGCCUUCAUCAAGAACAAGUGGGAAUUAUCGGCCUAUAUGGUUAGGAGGAGUUGGGAAAACCACCCUCUUAACCCAAAUCAAUAAUGCUUUUACUAAAAGAACCCAUGAUUUUGAUUUUGUGAUCUGGGCAACAGUUUCCAGAAAUGUAAACCUUGAAAACAUUCAGGACGACAUCUGGAAGAAGAUAGGGUUUUGCGAUGAUAAAUGGAAAAGCAAAAGUCGAGAUGAGAAAGCUACGAGCAUCUGGAGAGUCCUGAGCGAAAAGAGGUUUGUGCUGUUGCUAGAUGAUUUAUGGGAGCGGUUGACUUUAUCAGACGUCGGGGUUCCAUUCCAAAGUAAGAAAAAUAAGAUAGUAUUCACCACUCGAUCAGAAGAGGUGUGCGCUCAAAUGGAAGCUGAUAAGAAGAUCAAAGUGGAAUGCCUAACAUGGACAGAAUCCUGGGAAUUGUUUCGAAUGAAGCUUGGAGAAGAUACUCUCGAUUUCCAUCCUGAGAUACCGGAGCUCGCUCAAGCUGUCGCACAAGAGUGUUGCGGUUUGCCACUUGUGCUAACUACCAUGGGCAGGGCCAUGGCUUGUGAGAAGACGCCGCAGGAAUGGAAAUAUGCAAUUAAAGUGGUCCGAAGCUCUGCCUCAAAAUUUCCAGGCUUUUUAGAUGAAUUUGAUGACAUGGAGGGAGCACAAAACCAGGGUUACAACAUUAUUGGCACUCUGAUUCAUGCAUGUCUAUUAGAAGAAACUAAUAAUGAUUAUAGAGUAAAACUGCAUGAUGUAAUCCGUGAUAUGGCAUUGUGGAUAGCUUGUGGAACUGGGAAGGAGCAGCACGAGUUCUUGGUGCAGGCGGUCUAUGGGUUAACUGAAGCUCCUGAAGUUGCUAGAUGGAUGGAGCCAAAAAGGAUUUCACUGAUAGGCAACCAAAUUGAGAAACUAACAGGGUCCCCCAAUUGCCCCAAUCUCCUAACUUUGUUUCUUCGGGAUAAUAAUUUGAUGAUGAUCUCUGAUAGUUUCUUCCGGUUUGUGCCAAAUCUAAGAGUUUUAGACUUGACAAGGAAUAGUAUAACUGAAUUACCACGGGGAAUCUCUAAGUUGCUUUCUUCAAUUCCAGAGCAGUUGAUAUCAAGUCUUUUGAUGUUGCAAGUGAUUGAUAUGUUCGACUGUGGAAUUUGUGAUGGUGAUGAAGCCUUGGUUGAGGAAUUGGAGUCCUUAAAGUACUUGCAUGAUUUAGGUGUCACUAUAACAAGUCUCUGCUUUCAAAAGGCUUUUAAGCCCUGA